AUGAUUUCACUGGCAUCGUUACGGUAUGAAUAUCCUAUCACCCAGAAGCUGAUAGAAAAGUAUUACGAAAAUAUACUAGGUCAGAAGUUGGAUGUCGACAAAGACACUAAAACUAAUUCAGCUGGGAAGGAUACUUUGACUUAUGCUGAAGAGGAUGAUACUCUCAUAAAUGAGAAUGAAAUGCUCUCGAGUCGUGAUAAUAACUCCACAUCCAAGUUUAAAGUAUUAUCUAAUAUCAACACCUCUCUCUCUCACAAUGUGCAGAAAAUGCAUAGAUAUAUAAACAAAUUAAGAUCAUUAUUUUACUCUGCAUUCAUCGGAGAUUACGAAAAGGACUUUCUCAUACAGAAGCUUCUAUCUGAGAAGUUUCAUUCGAUGUCUUACGACGAAUGGAAGAAGUCAUGCUUGGAACUAGACAAACUUACAGACACAGAAGCGUGGAAAGAAGAAACGGAAUCUAGUCUGUACGAUUACAAACUUAUACAAGAAAUAACAGAAAAAAUGAGGAAAGCCAGGUUGGAUGAAGAUUACUCACAACUUGUCUACAUAAUAAGAACAAAUUGGGUAAGAGAUUUAGGGAAUAUGGGAAAUGUGAAUUUAUAUCGAAAUACUCAUAUCGGGACGAAAAAAGUCAUCGACAACUAUAUAGAGGAAUCAAAAUUAGCUAUAGAAGCAUUGAUUAAUAGUUCUGACUUGGAUGAUGUGUAUUUAUUGGGGAUGUUGCAACAGACAAGAAGAAAUAUAGGAAGAACAGCAUUGGUGUUAAGUGGUGGUGGUACAUUUGGGUUAUUUCAUAUUGGUGUUUUAUCAACACUCUCAGAGCUAGAUUUGUUACCAAAAGUAAUCAGUGGUAGUAGUGCAGGCGCUAUUGUCGCAAGUAUACUUUCGGUUUAUACUAGAGAAGAAAUACCUGAGUUAUUCGAAAGAAUUUUAAAUACAGACUUUAAUAUCUUUAAAGAUGAUCGUUUGAAAACUGAGAGUGAAAAUUUGUUAAUAAAAAUUUCUAGAUUCUUUAAGAAUGGCACUUGGUUUAGUAAUCAACAUUUAAUACAUACAAUGAAGGAAUUUUUAGGUGAUUUGACUUUUAGGGAAGCUUAUAACAGAACGGGGAAGAUUUUAAACAUUACAGUUUCGCCAGCUUCUAUAUUCGAGCAACCAAGAUUAUUAAAUAAUUUAACUGCCCCAAAUGUGAUGAUCUGGUCUGCUGUAUGUGCUUCUUGUUCCCUUCCUGGUAUUUUCCCUUCAAGUCAGUUGUAUGAAAAGGAUCCUGUCACAAGGGAAAAUAGAGAGUGGAACAGUAGCUCAGUAAAAUAUGUGGAUGGAUCUGUAGAUAAUGAUCUUCCUAUCUCUAGGCUAUCUGAGAUGUUCAACGUUGACCAUAUUAUUGCAUGUCAAGUUAAUAUCCAUGUUUUCCCUAUGUUAAAAAUGUCUUUAUCAUGUGUGGGAGGUAAUAUUCAAGAUGAAAUAAGUGCCAAGUUUAAACAAAAAUUGGGCACCAUGUACUAUUUUUUUACUGAAGAAUUAAUUCAUUAUCUUGAGAUAGGUUGUGAAAUUGGUAUGGCCAAAAAUUUAUUGACAAAACUAAGAUCUGUAUUAUCUCAACAAUAUUCUGGCGAUAUUACUAUACUGCCAAAUAUAGAUAUGCUAUUUAGAAUUAAUGAACUAUUGGCAAACCCUUCAAAGGAAUUUAUUUUGAGAGAAACUGUAAACGGAGCUAGGGCAACUUGGCCAAAAAUUUCAAUUAUCCAAAAUCAUUGUGGUCAAGAGUUUGCUCUUGAGAAGGGAAUUAGUUAUUUAAAAGGCAAAAUUUUAAUAUCUUCCUCAAUUAGAAAUCCGCUUCAGUUUUCUGAAGUACCAGUUGGCCUUGUACCAUCACAAAUUGAAAAAUUCGAAACUGAAUCUUCUGCAAAGAUACUAGAUGAUAACUUAUUAGAAACGGAGCCAGCAAAUUCACUUUUAUUGUUACCCGAGGAGCUAAUGCUAAGUAGGAGAUUUACUACAACAAAGUUGACUUCUUCUAGAGCAUUACCUCAUAAAUCAAGCGCAAUGAUCCAUAGAAGAAAAUCAGAUACUCUACCAUUUUCAAGACCUAAAGUACAUUCAAAGUCAUUUACAUUAAUGCACCCUGCAUCUACUAUAGAUAAUACAUCUAUUGCAGUAAAUGAAGAAAAACCAUUGCUUUUGCAUGGAAAAACUGUUGAUAAAAGUCCAUUAAAGAAGAAUUUGAAAUCAAUAUUGCAUCAUAAUGAAUAUAAUACUCUGAAGGAGUUUCCGUUUAAUCAUUUACCAAAUUAUAAUAGAAUGGAAAAGUACAUUCAGAGAGUGCCUCAAAACAAGGGUUUGGUGAGUAAAAUCUUUUCAAAUAAUGUUUCACCAAGGUUUAAUAAAGGAGUAGCCAAAGGCCCAACCGAGCAUAACAGCAUUGUUAAGGGAAGAACUGGCGUAUUUUUUACAGAGUCUGAUAAUGAUGAUGCUGUUUCUCAAAGAAGUUCAGUAAGUUAUGAAGGAGCAUCUAUAGAAACAAUUCCACAGACUAAUGAUAUUGCAUGGGCUCAAGCAGAAUCAACACCGACACGAAAUAUUCAUAGACCAGGGAACCCGGUAAAUGAGCAAGAGAUAGAUCCAGGUGACUGA